GUUCUUUGUUUCUCGGUUUCGUCACUACCGUACCACCAUCAACCUCGCCUCUCCGGCGGUUCUCUCCUCCAUCGUUCUCCUCCUUUUCGGUGAAGCUAGUUAAUCUGAUAGGCAUACCAUUUCUCAUCUUGGCGAUUUGGAGACCAUGAGGACACUUGAGUGAAUAUCAGAAAUCAACAUGGAGCCUUAGUGACGCAGUGGCAACUCGAGUUGAAGCUGAGAGGUGCAGUGGUCAUCGAUUUUCCAUCCUUGGUUUCUUGAGGCUCAUGAAUGUCCAAGAUUAGUGGUUGGUCCGAAGAUUUUAGUGCACGCCUGAAAAGAAUUCAGCCUCAAGCUCAGUUUGAUAAUAUUUCCAUUGAGUCAGAUUCAUUUCACGAAAGAAGAGACUUUGGGUCCAUUUUGCCAUUUUCAGGUUCAUCACGUUACAGUGGGCUCAAUCCAGAGUUAGAAUUGUUGACAAGUCCGUGUCCUUUGGGCCAAUUGAAUUUCGAUUUACAGUUCACACAAUUCAAAGCUGAACAUAGGAAAACCUAGUUCCAAAACCACAAAUGACAUCGAUCAGAGAGCAGAAUGGCCAAGUAGAAGGAGCAGUUGGGAGGACACCAUCCUCUAACAUAACAUACCAUGUUCCAGAGGAGGGCAAGACGAGUGAUAUUGAGUUGAAGAGUGGGUUCCUACAUCAUUUGCCUAAGUUCCAUGGACUCUCAGGAGAUGACCCCAAUCGACAUGUUACAUUGUUUCAAUUCAAUUGUGAGACCAUGUGCCCCAGAGGGGCUGAUAUUCAGAUAAUGAAGAUGAGGGCGUUUCCAUAUUCAUUAGAGGAUCGAGCUCAAAAGUGGCUGUUUGAGGUACCUGCUGGUAGGAUUACUUCACGGACAACAAUGGCGAGCGAGUUUCUGUCAAAAUACUUUCCAUCUUCAAGGGUGAUUCACAUAAGGAAGCAGAUAACAGGUGUCAAGUAAGGGUUGUAUGAGUCAUUUUACAACUACUAUGAGAGGUUCAAAUCUCUUGUAGCAUCAUGCCCAGCCCAUGGGAUUAGAGAAGGUUUGUUGCUUCAGUAUUUCUAUGAAGGAUUGCUACAAAUGGAGAGAGAGUUUCUAGAUUCAGCAGCUGGUGGAUUAUUUCUAGACAAGAGUAAUGUGGUAGCAAAGGAUCUAUUGGAGAAAAGAGCCAUGAACAAUCAGCAAUUUGGGACAUCUGCUAGUUCCACACGGCAGGUAUAUGAUACCAACUCGAGUUCAAGCUCUGCUCUAGAGAACAAGGUUGAUAAGUUGUCCAAGAUGAUGAGUCAUUUCAUGAAGACUAGUGGAGCUCAAGUUUGUGGAAUCUGUACGGAGGGGCACCCUACUGAUCAAUGUUCUCAAGUUGCUUCUAGUGGAGGAUAUGAGGAAGUCAAUGCCCUUGGUUAUCAAGGAGGUAAGAGAUACAAUCCAUUUUCGAAUACCUACAACCCUUGCCUACGUGAUCAUCCAAACUUUCGGUGGUCCAAUAAUGAGAAUGUACGAAGGCCACAUCAUAAUGGUAUGCAAUUUGGGCCUCGUCCGGCUGGUUUGUUUAGACCACAAGCUCAACUACUCAAUGUUCCACCUCCCAACGUGGCUAAUAUACCUAAUUAUGAUGAGAUGUUGAAAUCUUUAGCUGCUGGGCAAAGUCAAUUGAAUACCAUCACUCAAACUUUGGUGGUGGGUCAACAAGUGAAUAGCAAUGACAUUGAAGAGCUAAAAACGCAUAUGGGCCAGGUAGUAGACUUCAUGGGCCAUUUUUCUGAAGAAGAGAAGUUUCCGAGUGGUGUCAUAGCUAACCCAAGGAAUGAGCAAGCCCAAGCUAUCAUGACAAGGAGUGAGCUCUAGCUAAAGGAGCGACCUAGUAUUGCUAGGAAGGCCCAAACGGCCCAUGUUCUUGAGGAGGGUGACGAGAUGACUAUGAUGAAUGACUUGGAGAAAGAUCCAGCUAUCUCCAAGAAGGAGUGUGCCGAUCCAUUAAGCACAUAAAGGUACAAAUGCUAACUCAAAUGAAUUAGUUAAAACUAAUCUUAUUUCAUGUGUACCUUUCCCUUCUAGGUUUCCAAAGAGCAGGAAUGAUAAAUCUGAUGAGGAGGUGUUGGAGGUCUUUAGGAAUGUGCAAGUUAACCUUCCAUUGUUGGAGUGUAUCAAGCAGAUCCCUAAAUAUGCGAAAUUUCUUAAGGAGCUUUGUACUUCAAGAAGACAAAUAGGGAAGAGAAAGUAGUGAAGAUGAAUGAGACAAUUUCAGCUGUCAUCCAAAAGAAGCUACCCCUUAAGAUGAAGGAUUCGGGAAGUUUCUCUGUCUCAUGUAAAAUUGGUAACACAUUAUUUGAUAUUGUUAUGCUUGAUCUAGGUGCUUUGAUAAAUGUCAUGUCAUAUAAUGUUUAUCAAUCACUAGGAUUA